AUCUAAUCUAGGUUUUAACUUUAGCAAGUUAUUAUCUAUUAUCUAUAUUAUUAUUAUGAUUAUUAUUAUUACUAUUACUACUGUUACUACUACUACUACUAUAAUGACAGCUAACGUGGUGAUGGGUGGACCGUGGACAGAUGGAGGCCAUGUUGCCUUUUUGGAGUUUGAUGUGGCAAAUUAUAAUUUAAAUAAUCAAUAAAACUAAAAUAUAUGAAAGACAUAAAUGUCCUUGCAUAUUCCAUUUUCCAUCAUCUUCCUCUCUCUUCUCCCUCUCUUUCCAACCAUUGAAAUGAUGUGGUUCUAUAGAAUGGUAGCAGAAUCAGAUGUGGCUGCCAGUUGGAGAGGGAGGCAAAAGAGGAUUGAAUGGGGAGAGAAGAGGGAAGUGGGUAGCUCUACUGUUAUUAGAUCUGGGUAUCAUGUGAAAGGAAAGAGUUAGGAGAAAGGAAGUCUGACAGCACAGAUUGGUUUCUUGAGGACUAGGCCAGAGGUGAGGAAAAUGUCUAUAGGAUGGGUUAGUUCUCAUUUUCUGGUAUGCUUGGUGGUUGUCUGGUAUAGGUUUGAUUGCAUUGAAACCAUGAUAUGCUAAUCAGUAAUCACCAUCAGUUCUCUAAGCUCAAAAGCCUCAGCUUUUCCACAUGGGUUUCUGAUAAUAUUUGCAAAAUGAACUUGAUAUGCAUCC